CUGGGCGUGCGGGGUGAGCGGCUGGUGCUGCUGCUGCUGUCGCGGCGGCGGCUGUUGCAGCUGCGGGGAGCUGGGCUGGUUGAGCGGCUGCUGCUAAUGGAGAAGUGAUGCCAGCUAAAUGGGGACCCGGGCAGCGGCUGCUGCGGCUGCUGCACGAAGGCGAGGACGGGGAGCGGGAGCUCAGCUGAAGCAUCUACGCUGCUGCCCGCCCGGCGGAAAGAGCCAAGCGCCACCGGUUGCUUGGAGACCUUUGGGUGACAAGCGGCCAACAAGUCUAAGAAAGAGCAACAACACUUUUCAGUGUCUGGAUGUUGUCCUGAUAAAAGCAUCUUGGUCCAUCUGUUCCUGCCCACAGGGACACUCAUCAGUCUAAGAGCUGAAACACACGUUCUGAAGUAUCCCAUUGGGCCAAGCCAUGAGGUUCAGCCUGUUCUUCCCAGUACUCAGAUCCCUAAUGGCUAGGGUGGGGAUCAGAAGGAUCCAGGACCUUAUAGAGGUUCAGCAUCAUGCAGCCAUGUUCUCUUUAAUAUCAAGCGGGAUGGACACAGUCAAGUAUGGCAGAAAAUGAAGAACUAUUGACAAGAUGGAUGUGACAAUGCCAUGGCAAGAAUGUCAGAUUUUUAAACAGAAGCAGAAAAAACAGAACGUUUUGAGAAGUUAGGUGAUGUACUUCUGACAAAAAAAAGAGGGCAAAGAAGCACCACAGCUCAUAAUUUAAUCUGCUAUUGGCUAUGUUUUUGGGAUCUUUGGACAGACUCUACUCAAUGAUGCCAAGUAUAUGAAAUAACACAUUGCCACAGGAAAUGGAGGCUGCACAGGAGAAGGAAGACACUUCAAGACUUUAAACCUUUUCACUGAACUCCAUGAACAAGUACGAAGUUGCUUCUCUGUGUCGAACUUCACAGUUUGAAAAAUAACAUGCCGCCCCUGUGGAACACAGAGAUGCUAAUAGUAAGGAGGCUGUUCAUUUGUUCUGCUGAAUAGGAAACCUCCAGGAACAAUGGCUUCAAAAGUCUCAUGUCUGUAUGUCUUGACGGUUGUUUGCUGGGCAAGUGCUCUUUGGUAUUUAAGUAUAACACGUCCCACUUCAUCCUACACAGUCCAUAAAACUUAUGACAGCAUCUCAAUAGCUAGGAAGAAUGUCUCCUUUGGCAAUAUAAGGACUCGACCAAUAAAUCCUCAUUCGUUUGAUUUCCUCAUCAAUGAGCCGGAGAAGUGUGAGAAGAAUGCCCCCUUUCUGGUUAUUCUCAUCAGCACGACACACAAAGAAUUUGAUGCCAGGCAAGCCAUUCGGGAGACGUGGGGGGAUGAGAACAACUUCAAAGGCAUUAAGAUUUCCACGCUCUUUCUUCUGGGGAAGAACACAGACCCCGUGUUAAAUCAGAUGGUAGAACAAGAGAGUCAAAUUUUCCAUGACAUUAUUGUGGAGGAUUUCAUUGACUCCUAUCAUAACCUGACCCUGAAAACAUUAAUGGGAAUGAGGUGGGUGGCCACAUUUUGUUCAAAAGCCAAAUAUAUCAUGAAAACAGACAGCGACAUUUUUGUAAAUAUGGAUAACCUUAUUUACAAAUUGCUAAAACCGAACACAAAGCCAAGGCGGAGGUACUUCACUGGCUAUGUCAUCAAUGGAGGACCAAUAAGAGAUGUCCGUAGCAAAUGGUACAUGCCUAGGGACUUGUAUCCUGACAGUAAUUAUCCACCAUUUUGCUCGGGCACUGGCUACAUCUUUUCAGCUGAUGUAGCAGAGAUGAUUUACAAAACCUCUCUCCAUACAAGACUUCUUCAUCUUGAAGAUGUGUAUGUGGGACUCUGCCUGCGGAAGCUUGGCAUCCAUCCUUUCCAAAACAGUGGCUUUAAUCACUGGAAGAUGGCAUACAGCCUGUGUAGAUAUCGGCGUGUUAUCACAGUGCAUCAGAUAUCGCCUGAGGAAAUGCAUAGGAUUUGGAAUGACAUGUCAAGCAAGAAGCACCUCAGAUGUUAGGAUGUUUUACAGAUGUAAAUACUUUUUAAAAAAAAUUGAGUAGAGAGUAAAUAGCUAUCUUUUGAUUGGAAAAUGGGGUGUUAACUUCCAAGAGGGGAAGGUCUUCAGUAUGUUUUGUUUGGUCCUUCUUAACAGCUUUGAUUUCUGAUUUACAAACUGCACAAUGUAACGGUCAAAAAAGCUAGAAUUACAUUUGUCUUGUCCAAUCUCACAACUGUAUACAGAGGACAAAUGACUGCUAGACAUUGUACAGUAGAUCCUUGUUACACCUCUGGAAUAGGAACCUUCCUCUAGUCUAAGGCAAGGUGGGCAAUUUGAAAGUUCCCUAGAGCUUUUACCUACAAAGUCUUGUUAAAAGCCUAAGAAUCCUAGUUUCU